AUGAGUUCUUUAAGUGAACAAUUAUCAUCCUUUAAAAAAAAAGUCGCCAACCAGCCUGUCUAUGCCAAACCACAAGUCCAUACAUCAACAUCACCGACAGCCAGUGUCCGCUCUAAUACUCCAAAUGAACCUACUUCAGCCGUAUCAAGCCCAGGAUUGACGCUGAAGAAACGUCGUUCCAAGGCGAACUUGGUGUACUCUCAACCAGCCGAUUCAGGAGUCGGAACCCAUUACUUAUCUCAACUUCAUUAUGCCGUCGAAUAUUUGAAGGAGAGAAAUGACCCUAAAACCGCAGAAGAGAUUGCUUCAUAUCUUUCGACGCCAUUGACACCUAUGUUAUUAAAGCUCUUGAAAAAAAAUGAACGUAUUUAUUAUGAUGAACGAACAGAAACUUUUGCCUUUAAACCUUUACAUAAUAUUCGCUCUGCUCCUGGGCUCUUGGCUUAUUUGGAUUCUCAAAAGACACAUACAGGAAUGAGUAUCAAGGAGCUUAGGGACGGCUGGCCAAAUGUUGUAGCUGAAUUAGAAGAACUUGAAAAACAAGGGGAAGUUCUACUGCUGAGAACUCGGAAAGAUGGAAUUCCCAGAAUGGUAUGGAGAAACGACAAAAGUAGCAAUUGCGUUAUCGACAAGGAAUUCCAAACUGUCUGGCAUGAAAUCCCCAUUCCUCCCACCUUGGAUUUGGCAUCUGAACUUGGAAAGUAUGGCUUGAAGCCGACAAGCGUAGAUCCCUCAACCAUCAAAAAACCAGCAGCAUCUACUGCUCAAAAACAAAAGAAACCUAAAACCAGACGUGGAAAGGUUACAAAUACCCAUCUUAAUAUUCUUAGAGAUUACAGCUCUAUGAAACAUUAA